UCCUGUCGCCAAUAUCACCCACAUUGAGCCUCCGCUUGGUUGGCUAGUGCCGAUUAUUCCGAUACUUGUGCCUACUUUGUACCCGCUCACCCAGGCAGGAUUUCUGGGUACGUCUACAGGACUGCGGGAGCUUCUUUCGGCGGCAUGCAACAUAAUCAUUAACCCCAUCUGUUCCAAUUCCUUCACGUUAACCGCAUUUGCCAGUCCGGAACAAUUCAACAAGACAAGAGCGCCUGUCUACGUAGGUCACUUUCCCACCGGAUCGACCAUGCAAAACUUUCUGCACUUUUAUCAGAUUUACGAGGCGAAAAACCUGGUGAUGUUCGACUACGGAAUAUCGGAAAAUCGUCAGCGAUAUGGCCAGGACACGCCACCAGCGUACCCGAUGGAGCGCAUAAGAUUGCCAAUCGCGUUGUUCCCGUCGCCAGGAGACACGCUUGCGACCCCAGCCGACGUCUCAGACCUGGUUGACAGACUCGGCGAAAACGUUGUCUUCGAGCACGUGGUUCCGGUGCCCAAUUUCCGCCACGUGGAUUUUGUGACCGGCUAUAGGGCGAACGACAUCUUGCACAACGUCGCCAUUGAUCUUAUGCGGAAAUACGCCGCUGAAGGUCGUUGAAGAGGCACUCAAGAGGAAAAUAUAUUGGACCUGUUUAUAAAAACACAAAGAAAGAUAGUCUGCAUUAUGGUUAAAAAGCCCAGGGAUUAAUUUAUCAAGUUUGCUGAACUUUCCCUGAGGUACUACUGUCCAAAGAGAAGAAAAUGCUUUGACUUUUUACACGUCACAGUGACGUAGCAGAGCUGGAAUUCCGGCGCCAAACAUAAAAAUGAAACUGUGACUCUCGUUUUCUCUUCUAGUAGUAAAUGGAUUGCUACAUUAUUAAGAGAAAUAAAACUU